UUUCGGAGCUCGAUGAGGAUGCUUCAGACCCGCACUAUCACCGACUUCAAGGCACUCGACCUUGACCUUACCCCGGCGGUCCGCUAUUUGGAAGUCCUGCCAGCGAACGCACGGUUGUCUUUGGAGCAGAUCACACGCAAGCUCUGCUGGUUACUGGCUGUGGUGGGCAUGUUCCGCGGAGACGACAUAGCCUGCAUCGACAUCGCUCACGCGCACUUUCGAGUCACCUCACAAGUGGCAAUCCUCCCCGUGGCCUUGCCCAAAGAGAAGCGACGUCAUGGACGGAUCCGCAAGUUCACAACCAUACAGGCGCAUACCAACGCAGCCCUUUGCCCGGUAACGACACUGCAAGAGUACAUUUCUCGCCUGCCAUCAGAGGAGGACCUAAUGCCGCACCACAAGGACUCUGAGGUGCUCAUCCGCCCUCUGGUGCGCGACAGACGCAACGUCUCCAAGGCCGUUGGACCCGAUACGAUCAACAAGCAUAUCAACGCGAUUACCGAUAUACCCGAGCGGCCUGCCUCCUCUUCCCGUCCUCGAGCGCGGGCCAUCGGUGCCUCAGCCGCGUUCACGAACGGUGCACCCAAGGACGACAUCCUGGUCCAAGUCAAUUGGUCGUCGUCCGUCAUGUUCGACAGCUUCUAUAGGUUGAGUGGCACCACCUCUACCAACUUUACGACGGCUGUCCUC